CCAUGACAACUCCAAAUUCUAAUUUCCAACCUGCUACAAGUUCCCACUUCCAGUCUGUUCCACCUCGCCACAAUUUCUAUCAGCCCCGACAUGACAAUGUGCAGGCGCAGUUGUCGAGGUUGUUUCGGUCACAGCAAGGAGCAUCAACCAGUGGUGGUCGAAAAAGGAAGCGGGAGACCCCAUGGACUCAUGCUUUCGUCUGUCUUCCUGAGGUCCAAACGACUGUCAUGCCCACAGCUGAGGAGGCUCGCUACUACUCCGUUUGUGGUUUGGGACAAAAAAAUGUGUGGUUCCCACACAACGAAGGAGACCAUGCUUUUUUCUGUGAACAUCUCCUCUCUGCCUUCCCCCCUCUUAGAGCUGCUGGUGGGUUUGUCCUCGCCCGUGGCAGCAGGGGAAAGGUAUUGGAAGAGCUGCCAAUACCACCAGAGGGAUACAGCCUGAGCUAUAUUCGCUCAGGUUGUACAAGGGCUCCCUUAUAUGUUGUCCCUCUCCAACAAAGCCUUCCCUUGAGGCCCCCACCAGAUGAUGAGAUCCAAAAAGUGAUGGAAAAAUGCAUCAUCUGCCAGUCAUCAAUACCACUGUGUGAAUUGGCAAAUCAUAUUGAUGAGUGUAAACAAGAAACAUCAAGGAACAAUGAAGAGGACAUGGAUGAGGAGUUAGCCAUGGCUAUACAACAGUCUUUACAUGAGAUGACAACUGUGCAACAGCAGGAUGGAACAUCUUUGGGCGUAAUGACACUUGUGAUAAAUGAGCAAAGCGAGGCCCAAGAACAGAAUCCCACAAUUGAGGUGGAAGCUGUUGUUGCACCUGAGCCCGUUCUAAGUGUUCAAAGCCACAUCUGGGAGCAAGAGGACAUAAAUGAUGGGAUAAUCAGGUCUCCCGAUUCUGAUUUAAAGACUGUCCUGGAAGACCUACAAAAAGGUGUUCAGAGUGGUUCUGCGCCGAUCCACAACUCUCUUAAUGUGUGCAGAGAGUUCAUAAUGGAAGGUUCAUUUAGAGCUUUUCGCCGUACACGCUUCAACCCCCUUCAUCAACUGACAGUAACAUUUGUAGAUGUCGAGGGAGAAAACGAGGGGGCUGUAGAUGAUGGUGGUCCCAGCAGAGAGUUCUUGCGGCUCCUUGUAGCAGCGCUGCGAGACAGCCGAUACUUUGAAGGGCCUGAGGACAGAAAAAAUCUUUCCCUUGUAUCCCGGGGUCUACAGUUUGGGGAUUAUAAAAUAAUAGGGCAAAUGCUAUCCUUAGCCCUUCUCCAAGGAGGAGUACAGCCCUCUUUUUUCUCGACAAGACUGUAUUCCCUGUUGUGUGGGCAACAAACAGGCCCAGUCUCUUUGGAAGAAGUUGGUGACUGGGAACUGCGCCAGCACCUUGAGAAAAUCAAAGCUGCAGAAAACUUGGAGGAAGCCCAGCAGGCUGUUGAGGAAGCCUCGCCAUUACUGUGUCCCCUGGGUUGUGCAGGGUUUCUUCCUGACUUGGAGAGCCAGCAUACUCUCGUAGAGCAGGCAGCAAGGGCCCAUGUUGAAGGUCGCAUUAAACCUGCACUGGACCAGCUCGUAGAGGGACUGGAUUGCCUGAAGGUGGCAGAGGCAAUGAGGAACCAUCCUGAGAUCCUUCGCCCUAUCUUUGUCUCUGGACACAACCAGCUCACCGUCCAGAACAUGAUUAGUCUUUUUGACACCGUCUUCUCCCCACCUGGCAGCAAUGCCCGACGAGCUGAAAAUCGGACACUAAUGUUUUGGAGGGACUGGCUUAUUGAAGUAGGCGAUGGUUCACGGCCAAUCAGCCUACAAAAUAUCCUGAUUUUUGUGUCUGGAGUGGACCAAAUUCCUCCACUGGGCUUCCCAGAGAGGCCUCAGAUUGAGUUUCUUCAUGCCCCACUUCAAAAUGGAUCCCGCCGGCGCUAUCCUGAGGCCAACACAUGCAGUGUUGUCAUGAGACUUCCAAUUCAUGAAACAUUUGAAGAGUUUCAGGAGUACAUGGAGUCUGGAAUUAUUCAAUCACCAACUUUUGGUUUUGUUUAAUUGUCUUUUUUGGGGUUGUUUUCUGUUUUGCUAUUAGCAUUAGCAAGUUCAAUGUGUUAGGAAUACCGUUUUUUUUAAAUAUGUUAAAACUAUGUUAUAGUUCGUUAGAUUGUAAAAUGUUUUUGUUUGUACAUUUUGGAUCACUUCAAACUGCAUUUUGGGCAGGUAUUGAUGAAAGAAUUAUGUUAAAACUGUUAUAAUCAGAUUGUAAAAUGUUUUUGUUGUCUGACUUUUUUGUUAACUUAAAACUGCA